GGAUAAAUACUGUACAAAUUUCAAGCACUGUCUCACCAGAUUGAUUCAAAACAGAGAUCUACAAAAAGAGUCUUCAAGUUUACGAAUUUCAACAACAUUAAAAUGUCUGAUCCUAGCCACGUUAUUGCCGGUCACAAGGCCGCCCUCCACAACCCCAACGUCUCUGAGGAGUCUAAGCACCGUCAAGAGGAAUGGUUGAGCUCUCACCACCAGACCGACCAAACCAAGUCCAAGGGCCGCAGUAGAUACCCUACUGAUGGACCUCUCCGCACCACCGAGAUGGGCGAUAACGAGGACCUCGAGGACGAGGACUUCGGCGACGACAACGUUAUGGGCGAUGCUCCUCGCGGAGGUGAAGACUUGGUCGACGACUACUACGCCAAGGGCAAGAACUUGGGUAACGUUCGUGGUGGCUUCAAGGCUUCUCUCAAGAACCCUAACGUCUCUCAACAAACCAAGCAACACUCCAAGGAGAUGCUUGACGAGAUUGACGAUGAGGUCAACGGCCGUUAAAGAGUUUUUCGUUCUUUAACGAAUUCCGUCCUUGUUAUGUCUCUUUUAUGUGAUGUACAUUGUACGUAGUUAAUGAUCUGCUUUUUUUUUAAAAAAAA